CGUAUCAGUGUCCAUACUUGCAGAUAUUUAGAUACUACAACACCCAUAAUGCUGAGCGACCUAUUACGUCAAACGGAAUCACAGCCGUAUCUUCCAACAUGGCGUCGCUGGGAAGGAGGCGCGGUGUCCCAGUAAGCAGGGAGAGGGGAGUAAUGGCCGCGUCAGACUGCUACAUCGUGCACGAGAUCUACAACGGAGAGAAUGCGCAGGACCAGUUUGAAUAUGAGCUGGAGCAGGCGCUGGAGGCCCAGUACAAAUACAUCGUCAUCGAGCCCACGCGGAUCGGCGAUGAGACGGCCCGUUGGAUCACGGUGGGGAACUGCCUGCACAAGACGGCCGUGCUGUCGGGCACCGCGUGCCUUCUGACGCCGCUCUCGCUGCCCGUCGAGUACUCGCGCUACGUGGCGCUGCCUGCCGGCGCCCUCAGCGUGGCCUGCGCCGCACUCUAUGGCAUCUCGUGGCAGUUCGACCCCUGCUGCAAGUACCAGGUGGAAUACGACAGCCAAAAACUCUCACGGCUGCCCCUGCAUACACUGACCUCAUCGACGCCCGUGGUGUUGGUACGCAGGGACGACGUCCACAGAAAGAGACUCCAUAACACGAUAGCACUGGCUGCUCUGGCGUAUUGCGUCAAGAAGAUCUAUGAACUCUAUGCGGUAUGAGUGCACUCUGAAGAGAAAUCAAAAACCAUGAAAACAGGAAAAAAAAACAACCAUGAAAACAGAACCUGCCCACCCUCCCGGAUGUAAGACAAGCUCGGCCGUUACCUCCACACGUGGUGGGCACCUUCAUGUAAACUCUGAUCAGAGGGAUAUAGUUAAAACUAGAGAGAAGUUCUUUUCCCGUAUGUUUCCUUUUACUUCUAAGUGACAACUACAGCACAUAGUUCUUGUGCGCCACCUCCCCCUGUCUUCCCCACCUUUAUUCCCAUAACCAAUGGGAUAGAGCUACAAGGAAUGGCUGCAGGUCCUCUGGACUGAAUCGCUUUGGAUUUGAAAUGGGACGAUGUGUUUUUAUGUGCCAGGCUUUCUCCUUACCCUCAAAGUUUGCUGUACCCCUUUGUCACUGAUCAUUGCACCACAGUUUCAUUAAACAUUAGGAUAUUUCAAA